AUUGUAAAUCUGCUUCAGCAACACAACAGCAGCAACAGCAGCAACAAGAGCACCAAGAUGAAAAAGGUUCUUCUCAUCGGAGUGGCUUUGGCUCUCAUUAUAGUUCUGGUCACCAGCACACCAGCCCAGUUUGACGAGAUGAUUAAAGUGACCACCAUCAUUUAUGGCCUGGCUAACUUCUCUGACUAUGGAUGCCACUGCGGCCUGAACAACCAAGGAAUGCCUGUGGACGACAUUGAUUGGUGCUGCCACAGCCAAGACUGCUGCUAUAACAAGGCUGAAAUGAGCGGAUGCAACCCUGUUACACAGACUUACAGGUUCUAUGUUGAGGAACAGAAGAAAGUAGAGUGCAUGAAAGCAAGUAAUCGCUGUGAGAAGAUGAUCUGCGAAUGUGAUGAAAAGGCUGCAAACUGUUUCCGCAAGGAACUGGAAGAUUAUAACAUAUAUUUCCGCAAUUUCUCUUCUCUGGGGGCAUGCCGAGGGCCCAGACCUUUUUGCUAAUUCUAUGUCUACCUUCCUCAUCCAUUCAUCUCUUUCCUUUGUAGUCAUUCUGCUUGUAAACCUAGGAAUUCAUAGUAUUAAUAUAAAUGAAAUAGACAGCCUUGCAAAAAAACAUGCGUUGUAGUUGAAAGGUGCACUGUAAUAAUGAAUAAAGCUUUUAUUUCUGCUUGAGAACAA